CGUCAGCGUGCGCGCGUGUCGGAAGCGCGCAGUGUGAAUGAUGCUGCCGGUGUGUGUAGACGCGGAUCAGACGCUCAGUUGUUCUGUGCUAUGGAGACCGUGGAGUCUCUCCGCAACUGAGGCUCGAGCACACAAGACGCUUGCUGGAGGUCUGAGGAGCGCUCGGCCGUCUGGAGGUGUUUUCCAUCAUCCUGUGAGGCUGUUUCUGCCCAGAUCCCGCAUGCAGGAGUAUCUGUCCCGCCUGGGCUCCAGUGUUCUGGCCAGUUUCCCGGUUCAGGCCACUCUGCAUUUCUACAACGAUGAAGACUCCAGCUCUGAGGAUGAGGAUGAUGACGAUGAAGAACACACACACUGCAGGCUCUGUAGGCCGUGAGACAAGCAGAUGAUCAUCAGGAGCAAAGACUGUUCAGGAGACCAGCUGAACAUCAGGGUGUGUGAGGAUGAGGAUGAUGAUGAUGAGCUGCAGGAACACAGGACGGGUCACAGCACCAGUGGCGGACCAUCAGCCCACUGCGGGACACCUGACAGGAGCUCACCUUUACCUGACAGGCAUUUAUCUGUGUGUGUGUGUGUGUGUGUGUGUGUGUGUGUAUGCUUGUAUAUUCAACACGUCUCCAUUUUUCUCAGAAAGUAUCUUUCUAAAGGUGCUGUUGACUUGAAAUGUUCCCUGGAUGUUAGAAACAACCAGAGAAAUCCAUACAUGCAAAGAAAACUAAUCUAAUGAGUUGACAAAUGAAGUUAUGUGUAAUGAUGCAGGGUAAAAGUAUUGAACACAUGAAGAAAGGGUG